GCGGGACGGGCGCCCGGAGCCGCUGCCGGCGCGGCGAGCGAGGGGACGGGCGGGCUGUUUGGAGAUCUUCAACAGAUCUGAUCUGCUUUCUCUCCUCUGCCUUCUACUCCCUCCUGCCAUGCCUGUGCUGAUGGUGAUUACCUCCUUCUGAGUAAAAUGGGAUUAUUGAGAGCAGAGCAUAAUUUCUUGCUUUCUAAAAGGAACUGCCCUCGUCAGCAGAGUGAACACUGAUGCCUGGAGUAGCAGAUUGUGCAUAAGCGGACAUCUCUGUCUUUAUCUGCAGAUGGACUGUAGGAAAACAAAUGACCAAACCUGAUCUGCACUGAGCACAAGACUGUACAUUGUGUGCUGACUGGGAGAAAAAAAUGCAUUUGCUGGCUUGCUAAAUUGAGCUCCACCUGAUAGAAAUUAUUGAACAAACAAUGAAAGGAUCCUUACUAGUCCCUGGAAACUAUCAGGCAGCAUAUAAAGGAGUAAGGGCACCUGCUACUGGAGACUUUCAUGAGUUUAUUCUGGAGUUAUUUAGUGCUUUUUCUCUGGGUGCUAUUUUUGUAACAACUCAUAAAAUUUAAGGAAAUAAACUGUAAUGAAGCUUUGGCUGCUGCAGGAAGUCAGCUGCAUGUCUCUGGUGUAGCUGCAAGAAUGACUUGACUGAUUUGCACUCAUGGUCUUGGAUGAUCUGGUGAACCAUGGAGCUCAAAGUAUGGGUGGAUGGAGUGCAGAGAAUCGUGUGUGGGGUCACCGAAGUCACAACAUGCCAGGAAGUUGUAAUAGCCCUUGCUCAGGCUAUUGGGCGCACCGGGCGCUACACGCUGAUCGAGAAGUGGCGGGACACGGAGCGGCACCUGGCGCCGCACGAGAACCCCAUCGUGUCCCUCAACAAGUGGGGACAGUACGCCAGCGACGUGCAGCUGAUCCUGCGGCGCACCGGACCCUCCCUGAGCGAGCGGCCCACGUCAGACGGCGUGGCGCGGAUCCCUGAGAGGACUCUGUACCGGCAGAGCUUGCCGCCCCUGGCCAAGCUGAGGCAGCCCGGGGACAAGGCCAUGAAGAGGAGGGAGCCGAAAAGGAAAUCCCUCACCUUCACCGGUGGCGCCAAGGGGCUAAUGGACAUCUUCGGGAAGAGCAAGGAAUCAGAGUUCAAGCAAAAGGUGCUCAACAACUGUAAAACAACAGUGGACGAGUUGAAGAAACUGAUCCACCUCCAGACAGAGAAGCUUCAGUGCAUCGAGAAGCAGCUGGAGUCCAACGAAGCUGAGAUCCGCUACUGGGAGCAAAAGUAUAAUGCCAGCCUGGAAGAAGAAAUCCUCAAACUGGAGCAGAAGAUUAAACGGAACGAAGUGGAGAUUGAGGAGGAAGAGUUCUGGGAAAACGAGCUGCAGAUUGAACAAGAGAAUGAAAAGCAGCUGAUGGAGCAGCUGCAGGAGAUGAGGCAGAGGAUCCUGGAGUGUGAGAAUAAGCUCAAGGACUAUGUGUCUCAGAUCCACAACAUGGAGAGUGGCCUUGAAGCAGAGAAGCUGCAGCGAGAAGUUCAAGAGUCCCAGGUGAAUGAAGAAGAGGUCAAGGAAAAGAUCGAGAAGGUGAAGGGAGAAAUUGAUAUUCAAGGCCAGCAGAGUCUGAGAUUGGAAAAUGGCAUUAAAGCAGUAGAAAGGUCUUUGGGCCAAGCUACCAAGCGAUUACAGGACAGGGAACAAGAACUGGAGCAACUGACCAAGGAGCUGCGCCAGGUGAACCUGCAGCAGUUCAUCCAGCAAACGGGAACCAAGGUGACGGUGCUGCCAGCAGACCCUGUGGAGGUGGAGGCCCCACAUGUGGAGCUUGAGAGAGAGCCAGCCUUUCAGUCUGGGUCACUGAAGCGCCCUGGCUCAUCGAGGCAACUCCCCAGUAACCUUCGGAUCCUACAGAACCCCUUGUCAUCUGGUUUUAACCCAGAGGGCAUAUAUGUAUGACAGUAUGUACCUCUUCUUGAGAGGACCUAGCAAGGUACCCUGGACAAGAUACACUUUAUUUUAAUCAGCCAAUGAUAAAUGGAAGAAGUUCGUCUUGUUUUGUUUUUUUGUUACUCCACCAUAUUAUUUUUUAUUCUUCCUCCAACACCACUUGGAGCCAUACCCUGUGCACUGAUGCUAAAUAGAGAGGAACGGUCUCGAUUCAUAACUGGCAAGGAUGACCUUGCUGUCAACACAGCUUGAGUGCAAAAACCUUCAUUGUUUUUGCCACUUCAGAAGUAUUUGGGAAAGUAUUGUUCCUUGUAUAGUCAUAAAUGGAAGACUGAGGGUGAAGGAAACCGUGUAUGCAACUUAUCUGAGGUUUAAUUUAUUCCCUUUAAUCAAUGGACCUGUGAAUGUUCACCUUUUAUAUUUUUAUUUUUAACUUGUGAAUUAUCACAUAUGGCUGUGUGUCAGUCUGAUGAGGUGACUUUAAUUUGUGUGUACCAACAUCCCCCAUCUGAUCAAGUACAACAACCUGCAAUGCAGAGUUCUGAGGGAUGCUGAACCAUUGCAGUGGUUUCUCACCACUAACUGUUCAUUUCUGUCAUGGGUCAUCAUAUGUCACGUUCCAUCCAUUGCUACCUUUUACGGCUUGAAAAGUGAGCUUGUGGGAUUUACUUGCUGUUGUGUCUGCCUUGAAUGAAGCACCUAGUGUUCAAAAGAUUUAUGGAUUUUAAACCUUGGCUUGGUAAAAAUAUUUCCAGCAUAUGGUUGAGGAUGCACUAGUUAGACGAUAUUUUAUUAUAUAGAAUGUAUAUUUUAAAUAUUUUGCCACAUUGUAUAUGCCUUUUGAGAAAAGAACAAUAUAAGAAGUUGUCUUCAUAUAUCUUACCAAAAGAGAGUAGGAGGCUUUCACUGUGUGUAAUUCUGUACUUCAUUUUUUCCACUAGCCAUUACAGUGUUCUUGUUUUGUUACAAAUCUUGCUGUUGGAGGGGAAAAAAGACACAACACAAAUGAGUAUCCACUUCCAACCUUCCAGAAUCCUCUCAAGUUUUGUGAAGGGAAUAAAUCUGGCAGAGUCCCAAGAAGUCAAUAGCAGAGUUCUAUUGACAGGGGUGAGGCCAGGAUUUCAUUCAGCUCCCUGGUGGAGACAUUUGGUCCCUUUGAAAGACAGUCACUUAGAGAACGUAAUAGGUAAUAUAUAGCUUCCAAGCAGAUAAUUCACACAUUUGGUGGUCAUUUCCCCCCCCCCGCCCCCCCCUCCCCGCAAAGUGUAUGAAAAGAGAACAUUAUCACAUCUUGAUGUUGUGCUAAUGCAAUCAAAGCUAAGAAAGAAUUAGACAUCAAGGGUUUCCUGCACAAAGUAGCUGCUCCCAAAUAGCUCAUUGAUUUCAGGCCUUGAAGUGAGAUUGCUGCAGGGGACACCAGGUUUGUGGAGAAAGGGACUGGUAUCAGUGGGACACACUGUAAAUGUUGGGGGCUGGCCUCAUGGAUGAGUUAGGGAAGGGAUGGGCCUUCCCUGGUUCGGAUUUCUGGUUCUAACAGCAACUCACAGCAUCAUCCCCUUGGAGAUCCCGUGGGCACAAGGGGGGACACUGUGCUCUCACUCCAGUGCUGAAGACUUGGAUUCCUGAUGCCCUCCUUGGCACGGUCAGGAUUUUACCCACUGCUAGGAAACUCCAAGCUUUUAGCCAUAGAAAAAUACUUAACUCCUAGCAUCCUCUUGUAUUGAUUCACUGAUGUGCAGAUAAAUGUUAAUUUAAGUCUCCUUUUCUAAAAAAGGAGCUUCCUGACAAAUUGAAGUUUUAGAAGAUAUAGCAGAAGAUGAAGGAUUCUUGAGUGUUUAAUGCAUUUUUUUCCCUUUCCACUUAUUAAUGGCAUCAUAUAUUCUAAAAAUGCUGCUGUAUUUAGACUUACAGUAACAGAUAAGGCUGUGAAUAUAUAAACAACCUUUCCAAAUGGACUCUGAAUUUUUACAGUUUGACUUAUCAGGUUGCAUCUUCCCUUGUGAGCAAACUGGAAAAUGAGAUAUUCCUACCUGAGGAACCUUUGCAGCGCUCACCCAUUUCACUGUUAGUUUAUAACAAUUCUGUGCUCGUGUUUACUGUGCCCAUAAAUUUGUGAUUAAAAAAAAAAGAAUGGGGAUAUAUAUAUAUAUAUAUGUAUAUGUAUAUAUAUAUAUAUUUAUAGUAAAAUAUACAUAGUUUGAGGACAAUAUCUGUCCAAGGUACUUAAGCAUAUAUGCCUUACGUUCUGGGUACAAUUUACAGAAAUGAAAAAAAAAAAAUGGCCCUUUCCAGUGGAUAUCUUGCAUCUUCAGCACCUCUUGAUGUUAGAGAACUGAGGCACUCAGCACCUUGCAAAGUCUGGCCCAAAUUAUGCUGCAUGGGCGUGGGGGGAGAGUCUUGUCCUGAGAUGAAGUAUAUUUAAGGCAGAUCAGCAUAUUUACCCCAGCUAAUGAUUUUGUCAUAUUCUGUGACUAGUCCAUCUUCCACAGAUGUCAGUUUGAGCUGAACUGGGCUCUUGUAUCAUAAAACCUGCUCUCCUUCUCUGCCAGGUUAUUCUGCAAGACAGAGGGAGGAGGAGGUCUUGAAUUACAGAUUUGUCACAGACUCAAGGGAGGAAUUUGCCAUUUGAGUUAAAAACUAGCACCUGGUGACUGCAGCAACUGUUGGACACAGGAGCCGGCCUGGAGCUGGCUCAGGAGUGACCACUUCAGCACCCCCUGAGUGGCCCCUCCUUGCCAGGGCUUUGGCAUAUGUCAAGGUGAUUUGAAAAAACGUUUGCAGCUUCAGCCACUCCUGUGGCCAAGGAGAGGCUUUGGUGUCCAGACCUGCCAGUUGUGAGACACUGAUAAAUUCCCCUGCCCCCGCCAUACUCCUCUUGCUUAUUGAAUUUCACUCAGGCUGAAGUUCCAUAGCAUUUUCACCCUCUCUGUAAAUAAACCAAAAAGAAAUGGCAUGCUCUUGCAUUAAAUGUGAAUUGACCCAUGUGUAAGAGUUAGAAAAAUCCCUCACACUAUGGCGUUUAGAGUUUUGCUUCAGAUCAACUGCAGAAACUCACUCUUUCUUUACAACUGUACAAAAAGUCCAUUUUCAGAAGUGUUCCAAACCUCCUAGGGCAUUAGCAGAAAGGAAGCUACACAUACUAAUUUUAACAAGUGCCAUAUUAUUUACUGGGCAGCAUGAUAAAAAUGUUUUUUUUUUGCUUGCGUUAAAUAGUUGAAUACACAAGCACUAUUUUCCAGUGCACAGGGAAUUUAUAUGGAGAACUCCUGUUAUUUAUUACUAAUGGAAAUUAACUGUGUUACCUCUCUCAUCCAUGAGGAUGGAGAUGCUGUGUUGUUAGGGGAAAAGAGGAGGGUGAUCAUCUGAAAAGCCAGUAGGUUAAGGCUAAGGUGAACAGUUUGAAUGCCUGAGCAAGGGAGAAACCAAGUCCCACUCUAAAAAGUCAGCUACCAGUAUCUUUUAGUGGGACUUAGGUUCCCAAGUGCCUGAAUUGCUUCUGGAAAUGGUAUGUUAGUUUUGAGAUUGCUUGCUUUUCUAAGCCCUGGCAAGUUCGGAGGAAGUUCUUGAAGAAGAGAACUACCACUGCUAGCAUUAACAAUAUGCAAACAUAUGAGGCAAGAGGGAAAAAGAUCCUUUAGUGAAAUAAACAUCUCCUCUUGGGGCAGCAAUUGCCUUGUUUUUAGUGUGGAGUAUUGCAUUAUUUUAGUGAACUGGGAUCAUAUGAGUAUGAUCAAAGAAACAUCAAUCUUGUGAUUUUUAGUGAGUUACCUUGAAGCAUAUAAGUUCCUGAUGUGCAUUUACUUGAGUGAAUUAGGCCUUAAUGAUACAUGUAAAUAACAAAACUGUAUUCAGAUAUUUUUUCCAGAAAAUAGUCUCUAAUGGUCUGUACUGUAUCAAAAAAAGUGUCAAAGUGUUAGUUUUGUAUUACACCUCUAUUUUUUGUUUGUUUGUUUGUUUGGGGGGGUUUUUUAGAACAUUGAAAUGUGCAUGUUUGUUCUAUUUGCUACAGUAUUUUAAUGUUUUGGAUGAAGGCCAUCAGUUGUAUGGAGAUGACAAAACAAUCAUUCUGUCUAUUUAUUCAGUAUUGCUGCUUAAAGUUUUCAAAAAUAAAGCUUUCAAUGCCAA